AUGAGAAAAGGUCAAUGGAUUAUUUUAGAUGAGUUGAAUUUGGCUCCAACUGAUGUGUUAGAAGCUUUAAAUAGAUUAUUAGAUGAUAAUAGAGAACUAUUUAUACCCGAGACCCAGUUAACGGUCAAAGCUCACAGGAAAUUCAUGUUAUUUGCUACCCAGAAUCCAGCCGGACAAUAUGGAGGCCGAAAGAUAUUAUCCAGGGCAUUUAGAAAUCGUUUUAUUGAGUUACAUUUUGAUGAGAUACCAAGUAUUGAGUUAGAGAAUAUUUUACACCUGCGAUGUUCUAUACCACAGUCUUACGCUAAACGACUCGUAGCCGUUAUGUUGGAAUUACAGACACGGCGACGUAGUUCUGGUGUAUUUGCUGGUAAACAAGGCUUUAUGACGCUAAGAGAUUUAUUUCGUUGGGCUGAAAGAUAUAAUUCACCGGAUGUUCAGCCAUCAAAAAAAUAUUAUGAUUGGGACCAACAUCUAGCAGAUCACGGUUAUAUGUUGUUGGCUGGACGAGUGAGAAAACCUGAAGAAUGCCAGGUCAUCCAGGAAGUUAUAAACAAACAUUUUAAACGGAAGGUCGAUCCUGGCCGAUUGUUCAACUUAAACUCUGAGACAUCCACCACAACGGCUUCACUUCUAAAUACUGCCUUAGGCCAAUCACAACCAGGCUUUCAACAUGUGGUAUGGACCUACAGUAUGCGUAGAUUGGCUGUUUUGAUUGGACAAGCUAUUAGAUUUAAAGAGCCUGUGUUAUUGGUUGGUGAAACUGGUUGCGGUAAGACGACUGUCUGUCAAUUGUACGCUGCAUUAAAACAAAGUAAAUUAUAUGGCGUCAACUGUCAUCUACAUACAGAAAGUGCUGAUUUCCUCGGAGGAUUACGACCGGUCAGGUCUCAUACUAUUGAUGAGCUGCAGUAA